UGUAGGUUAACCUCGGGUGGAGGACUAUUAAUUUCAUCAGCGUUUGUUUAUUAUCAUUCCUUAAAUAAAGCCAAGAUUAAUAGGUAUGGAAUGUCUGCAAUAUCUUUAGUUUUGGGAAUUAUUGGAGGAGCUAGAUUAUUAAACAUGUACCCAUUUAAUAAAAAGUAAAAUAUUUCUUUACAAGCAGUUGCUUAUUUUUAAGAGAAUAUUGACGAAAAUUUUUAUGAGUUAUCAAAGAUUGUUUUUCACUUCUUUAAAUGCUGUAACUUAGAAAUCAACGAUAAAAAUAUAUAUUAGACUCCAUUCAAGUAUUUAUUCACUCAUGUCCUUAAGCAUUUGUUGCAUUUUCUUUUCAAAUAUUUUCUUACUGUCGACAAAUCCUAAUUUUGUUUUCCCAAAUGAGUUUGGACCUAAAAUAAGCACCGACAUUAAUUAAGUAAGAAUAAAACUCUCAAUUUCCUAUAAAGUAGAAAUAGGUACCUGAA